UUUAUUGAUCAUAAUCAAUUACAAAAUUUACAAAUUUAAUUUACGUAUUUAUUUAUCAAAAUAAACAAAGGACUUCAUAAUUUAAGUUGAAAAGGAUUUUAAUCAAAUUAAUAUUAAGUCUAGAUUGAAUUUACAAAUUUUGUACACAUAUUUGGAAAUAAUCAUUGAUUGAAUUUAAAAAUCUGCUGGUACUUGGAUAGAUUCUGAUUUAAAAGUUUUGUUUAACUGGCUAUACAAUCGGACUAAAUAUUUACAAUGACCAGCUUCAUAUCCUGGAUUCUUUCAAGGAAAAUAACGUUUUGUGAUUUAAUAUAAAGGCAAAGAUAAUACAUUUUCAAGACCCAGCUAUGAUAAGAGUGGUUGCUUAUGUCAGUGUUCUGUUAUGCUUACUGAUGGUUACCAUAGAAACUAAAGAAGUUGGAGACGACUAUUCUAUCAGAGAGAGUGAUCAGAAAUGGCUGGACUCUCUUUUCUACCUGCCAACAGAACCGAGAGUGAGAAAAGAAUACCGUAUGCUCACAGACGAGGAACGGUACCAGUUCAAUGACGCCUUUGUAAAGAUGAAAAAUGAUAGGUCUGUUAUUCCGAAUAAAUACGACUUAAUUUCCUCAAUACACUCUAGACGAUCAACGCGGAACAGUGCUCACAGAGGCACGGGGUUCCUUGGCUGGCAUAGGGUUUACACAUUAUUAAUGGAAAAUGCUUUACGUGAAUGGUAUCCUAAUAUAACUAUGGCUUACUGGGAUACCACUCUUGAUGCUGUUCUCGGGCUGCCGCGGGAGUCGAGCCUCUGGAGUGAAGAUUUUAUGGGCAACGGUGAUGGCUAUGUACUUGAAGGGGUUUUUAAGGGCUGGAGUGUGCAGAAUGGCGAGCUGUAUAGAACGGUGGGGGCAUUGUAUGGACCCCUGGCAGACAAGAAUAUUUCACACCUGUUACAACAGGAUCACAUUGGCAACAUCAGUUACCCCCUACAAGGUAAAAAUGUGGAGAACGUGUUCGAAGAAAUUCACAACAGGGUGCACCAUUUUGUUGGCGGAGAAAUGAAAGUUAUCGAGACUGCUGCAGACGACCCAGUGUUUUUCCCUUACCAUUCUUUCGUAAGUUAUAUCUGGGAAGAGUUCCGAUCUUUACAGAGGAUGAAAGGCAUUGACCCAGAAACAGACUGGGAUGAAUAUUAUGGACAGGCAAGACAUCAUAAAUAUUCACCAAUGGGGUUAGGAAAUUUGAUGGCCAUUGACGGUAGCAGCGAAAUAUUUGCAGAAAACAUCGUGUUCACAGAUCGCCCUUCUUGUUCCCGGGAAAACCCAGAUUGCGGCUCGCCUCAUCUAUAUUGUAACGUUACUAUGGAGAAGUGUUGCCCUUGGACAGUUAAGGAAUACAAUAUCAUCAAACAAGCCGGUAGCGAUAAUCAUAUACCUUUCAAAGAAGCGGCGAUUCCUUUCAUUGAAAGCAAAGUAAACAAAGGUUAUUGGCAAGUAUCCAAACUCGAAAAUGGGACUGAUUUGGCAGAGUAUGGAGACCCGUUUCCAGCAGAACAGGAUUUGUUCAGGUUAAUGGAAGAACAGAAUGUAAACAAAUCUAAUGACCUUGAAACUGACCAGUAUGGGGACCAAUUUUUUAACGACUAUCUGGAGACUGAAUUGGACUACAAUGACGAUCAUGAACACGGACCCGGUGAUCAUGACCACACACAUGAUGACCAUGACCACACACAUGAUGACAUUGCACACACGCAUGAUGGCAUUGCACACACGCAUGACGAUCACGAACAUUCACACGAAGGUCACGAACAUCCACACGAAGGUCACGAACAUACACACGAAGGUCACGAACAUCCACAUGGUCAUGUGAUUAAAGGUGGGCGCCAAAUCCACUAUGUUGCUUCGAUUGAGAACGUUUUUCCAAUUUAUUUUGCGGUCAUAGCAUUAGCAGCUCUGACAGGAAUUAGGAUAGUUUUUAUCAUAGUAUCAAAAUGUGUAGCAGAAAAUUGCAACAAAGGGUCAAGGUCAAAGAAGUAUCGUAUGGAUGGAAUCGUAAAUGCUAAUUAUAGCGAUGAUAAAAACAAGAAAAACCAGACGACUGUACGUGAAAACCGCUGUAAUAAUAUCUACACAGUAACUGUGACAACUAACGGACAGCCUUCACCUGAACACAACGGCACUUUUGUCCGUUUUGAGCAAUACGCUAUUGACAAUACAGGCAAGAUUUCUGUGAAACCUACAUCCACUGAAAGGCAGGCGAGCACAAUAUCCGACUACCUAGAUAUGACUUAUGCCAGUCACUCUAGCACAGAGGGUACUGUAGAACAUACGACACACACGGCCAUAUAUGAGAACGAUCGAGAUUCCGGUGACUACGAAAAUGACGAAGUGGACCGCAGUUACAACUCCAUAGAAAACGAAAAUUUCGAUUUUACAGACUUAACAUGUGAAGCAGUUAUUGAAACAGAUGGACAGAAGAGUGAAGAUAGUUUUGAUGUGUUUGACGCGUAUGAUAAUUUCGUAUUUAAAAGAGAAGCCGCCGAUAUUGAAAAAUCACAAGAAACUGGUAAAAUAGCAAGUGAUGACGCUUCUAAUGCGAAUUAUUUACCAGGUACACGUCUGUAGCAGUUAAUAUUGCAUGAAAAUCUGUUGAGGACAUUUUUAAUAUAAUGGAUAAUUUAAAAUUUGUAUCCAUGAUCAGAUUCAAAGAUUAGGAAUAUAAUUAUUAUGAGGUUUGAUAUGCAACAGAACUAAUGAUCCGAGUAAAGCUAUACUGCCUCGACAUACGUUACAGUAUAUUGCUGCUGAUAAAUCCCUUUCUUGACCAUGCAGCAGAAAGAGGUAUAAACUGUAUAAAUACAUCGUAUGUAACACUUUUUAAUUCCGGUUGUCAGAACAGAAUUUUUUGAUGUUAUAUAAUUUUCUUCAAAAGAUACGAAAAUGUGAUCUGGACAAAUCUGUUCUAAGUAAGGAAAUGUGCUACU